GACACUGUUGUCGUUGAGUACAGAAAACAUUUCAUCUGAUUUUGUGAAAGAUAGACACCUUUUUCAACAAUAGUCGUCUUCAAAGUUAUUUUUUUAAGCUGAACAGUAACAGUUAAGCAUGUAUCCACAACCAAAUGGAACAGAAUCAGGUGACGCUCUAGACGAUGAGGGCGCUGGUGAGUUCAGAUUCUCAGACUACAACCAGCGUGUGGUGGUAGCCUCUUUAAACCUCCUUAUCUCGGUCUUCGGCAUCUUCGGCAACGUCUUAGUCAUCCUCGCCGUGGCCCUCUCGCGACGUCUCCGGACCAUCACCAACGCCUUCGUGGUCAGUCUAAGCGUUGCUGACCUGCUUACCUGUAUGUCUUUACCUUUCAACGCCGCUAACCUGCUUCACUCGGACUUGAGCAACUCCAUGUUUUCUGACCUGGUCUGCAAAACAUUGGCCCUGAUCCUGUACACAUGCGGGGGCUGUAGCUUGUACACCCUUGCUGCCAUCGCUCUCAACAGAUACAUACUCAUCACCAAGUCCAUAAAGCAUUACAGGAGUCUCUACACACCGUUCAAAGUUGCCGUUAUGGUCACCGCCACGUGGUUCGUACCGUUGCUCGUCGCGUUCGUCCCGCCGUUGUUCGGACUCGGUGAGCUAGGCUACGCUGAAAAGUACGGCACGUGCAACCAUAAGACAAGUAACCCCUUGUCGCAUAUCUACAGCAUCUUCCAGGCUGUCUCGUUCUACCCGGGUCCAAUGGUCAUCAUCGUCAUCUGCUACGUGAAGAUCUUCAAGCACGUCAAACAGCACUGUCAGAACAUGAUGACGUCAUCAAGCCUAGAGCUGUCGAUCUCCUCGAGUGUACAGACCAAGGAGGCGCUCCACCCUAAGGAGAACAACAGUGUCACGAGGCGUCUGACGUCAUCGCGAAGACAGAUUGAUAUCACCAAGAAUCUCUUCUGCGUAGUGCUCGCUUUCGUGAUCUGCGUCUCGCCGUUCGGCAUAGCGUUGAUGAUACCUCCGAGCGACCCGUUCAUACCGUGGGCCGCCGUCUUCUUGGCGUUCAACAGUUGCGUCAACCCGGUUAUUUACGCCACUAAGCACCCUCAGUUCAGGCAAGUGUUUCGUUUGAUGCUACGUUGCCAGUUCAACAAAAUACAACCUGAUCCUUUUGUCCGAAAGGCUGUAAUACGCAGAAGAUAACUGUAGUGUGACAAUAUUAAAAUAGACCGUCCAUGCACAUCGGAUGGCUGUACGUAAUUCUAUGUAUGUAAUUAAAUGAUAUUAAAAGAUUUGUCACGGAAACUCUGCUUCUUCAAGUCAGUAUUAAUUAUCAUCACGAACAAGAUUGAAACAUUCCAUUUUGUCUGGUUUAGUCUCGAUGCAUUUAACGGUUUUUUAUUUCUUCUUUUAUAAUUGCGAUUGCCGUACUGGUUAACACACUGCCAAUACAGCUUGUUAUUAUAGAAAAGGGUAUUAAACAAGCACGCAAACUCUUCAUGGUAAACAAAACAAAACUUCUGUGUAAAGAUAGAAUGACACCAGCACACACAAUGUUAAACGUUAAAAGUAUACACAGCGUUUAUGACGCGGUACGCAGCGAGUUUCACUAUGAGGGCGCAAUAAUGAAGAUGUUCAUUCGCUCGCGCUUGAGAGAUCGUUCACAUUUCCGAAUACAAAGAAUUUUGGCUUAUGUUUUUGUUUUCCCUUGUUGCUUAUCAGAAAUCGUUGAAUCUUUACAUGAUCUGAAAAUGACCAGGUCAUGGUCGACCCGGAUUCCGAAACCAAAGGACCGGACCCAUUUUGGGUCAGGCUGACCGGAAACUGGUUUUAAUAAGGUGGGGUUUUCGAUUCAAAUUCUGCGUCAGUUUAGCACAUUUUCAGGUCUCAGUUUACAACAGAUCCCGAGUUACACUAACCCAGGGGUGGGUCUAGCGCCCUAGGACACAGGACAUGAUAUCAUUCUUGUCAAAUUACGGUAUUUCACUAAUCAUUCAUUUCAUUAUUUGAUGAAAGUAAGAAUGGUAUAACAAAAAAGCAUAAGUAGAGAAAGGUAUGUCACUGAACAUGACCAAUUGUAAAACUAGAGACCGUGUACCCAGCACCCCUUAAAGGCAGUGGAUACUAUAUUUUUAUAUUGGUAAUAAAAUUACUCAAAGUAA